GUGAAGGGAAAAAGCACAUCGGUACGGCCAAAAGGGAGGUGAACGUCCAAUUGAACGAAUCGCGAAAUUUUCCCAACUUGUCUAUAUAUUUUCUCUGUGUCCUUUUUAACUUUAUUCCUCUGAAACUGCCAUACUCAAAGGUGAUGCUUUUUCCCAGCAAUUUGUGCAUUUUUCACUGAUUUUCCUUGAGGACUUUUUGUGAGAUUUUAUAGUUUUCUUUUUGUUGGGAUAUUUGUGCAUUAGAGAUUGGGAGGAGUCUAUUGGAAUUUUUUGUGCAGUUGGGAAAAUCGAAGUGAGGAAAAGUUGAAAAAUUAACCUGAGGCAUUAUGGAUGAGUGUGUAUGAUGAGAUAAGGAAAUUGGCUUAUGCAGUGAAAGUGAAGUGUAAAGGGAUGAGCUCGAUAGAGAGCAUCUAAGGCUCUAGGCUAGAGCUCAGUGAAAAUUGUGUCUGUGAUUUAGUGAGACAAUAAAGUGUUUCUCUGAGGUAUUUUUCCAUCCGAUUUUCACUUAAGAUUUUGUGGUAUAUAACGUCUGCAUAUUAGUUGCUGCAGGCAUAUGUAACGUCAUAUGGUUGAUUUUUGGUAGUGCAAAAGACAGUCUCUAGAGUAUCUUGAGUCUCCCUCGCGAUUCAUCCGUCGUACAAGAGCGACCAUUUAUCGAUUUUUCCGUUUACAUGAGUUCAUACAUAGCAUUUUAUGGGUGCUAGAGAGAGAGAAAAUCGACAAAAUAGCAAUAGGGGAGAGUCACGCAGCUCUCCUGCAAGCAACAUUUUGUGAAGAGGGUUGGCGAAAAUAUCUCAUAUUCGUGUCGCUCUAGUUGUACCAUCGUUUAAAUUGAAACACUGACUCUGCAGACAACUUCCUCACAAGACGGGCAACUACAUACAAUCGUCCCCAAAAGUGGUUUUGUGUCCCUUUUAUUUCCAGUUGGGGUGAAAAAUUGCACAAUAGCACGUCUUUUAGUUGUCCUGCAGAAAUGUGAUAUAUUAUUUUACCCUCUUGAAUGUGAUCAGUUGCUCUUCAAGGUAAACUUACCAAGUGUCUGUGUCUAUCUGAAAUAUAAAGUAAAACUCUUCCGGUCAUCUGACCAUCCCUGCUGAUAUAUUUUUUUCCAUCGAGAAUCUGUACAAGAAAAUCAUUCAACGUGUGGGGAAAAAAUCCUGUGCAACGCAAACACUCACCGAGAGUGAGCAAUAUGAGUGUUGCUGACGUCUACGGUUUCCCCCAAAAAGUGGCGGACCGACAGUCGCCGGCUUAUGCGGUGCAGGGCAACACUGGGGGGUAUGUUUACCUUCAGCAACAGCAUUAUGCUCCUCCGCAGCAAGUUGUCUAUCAGCACCAAAUCUGCCCGGCCCAGCAGGUGAUUCACUCGGGUCACCAGAACGUCCAGACCACCCUCCACAAGAAGGGCUCCGUACGCAAUGGUGGCGACGUCCUGAAAAGGACAAGAACACAAAAUGCGUACGAAUUGUCCCAGGAUUUGCUGGAAAAGCAGAUAGAACUUCUGGAGAGGAAAUAUGGUGGUGUUAGGGCACGAAAUGCCGCCAUAACGAUCCAGAGGGCUUUUCGUCACUACACCAUGGUGAAGAAGUUUGCGUCCAUCACGGCCAUGGCCAAGGCUGAGAAACGUCUCAGUCGUCGCGUUCCGGGCCAGAGUCCUUCGUCAUUUACGGAUGAGAAUGGGCAACUGAUAACCUCCACAUAUGUGGACUCUGACGCCCCCGUGAACUCGGGCGGAGUCACGGUGAACAUGCAGCAGCAGCAAAUGCAGCAAGGGCAACACAGUCAGGCGCAACGUGUCUGUGCCACAAUAACGGCAUCCCCGACGAGUCAACAGGCGCAGCAGUGUCGCGUGGCGCCAACGAGGUCCAUGUCCCUGAGGGAACGACGGAGUCUCGAUGCCAGUCCCAUUCCGCGAAGUCAGUCGGGAACGACAUCACCCAUGCCGGCCACAUGUUGGGCACAGGCACAGCAUCAAGCACACACUCAUCCGCACGUGAAUGUCCUGCACGCCGAACAGCAUUACUACAGCACACCGGCAGCUGUUCAGUACCAUCAGCCAAUGGGGAUUCCUAGCCAGUAUCGCCAAGACGAGAUGAGCUUCAAUUCCAGCGGACAUCUAGAUGCAUCUUCACAUUCCAUGAAUGUGUCCUGGAACUCUCACCAAAGUCCACAUACGCCAUAUUACACAGCUGCCCAGAUUUAUUCAAGACCCCGGGGCACCAAUUCGAGUGCAUCAGCGGCCGCAGCAGCUGCAGCUGCAGCGGCGGCUAAGCGUACUCCGCCCGAAGUACCAAAGCGCACGUCUUCCAUUACUUCCGGCGGGACGCCACGUGGGGCAGAUCUCAUGCAACCUCGUGCCCUGCGUCCCAAUGGACUCUGCAAGACGGCUGAAAAUGGAAGUUUGUCUUCUGUGCAGUCUUCAGGCAGUGACAGUAGCGCCUCCACGGAGAGGAUGCAGUGCGAGAUUGGAUCAGAUAGAUCCAAUUCGCCUCAAUGGAAGCGAAAGCCCACCGAACAGCGUGGAGUUCCGAUGGCUCAGAGCCCAGAUUUGGCUGGAAGUGUAACAGGAUCAGCAGAAUCUGAGUGUCUGAGUUCUCACACAUCAGCUGCUCAGUAUGCCCUGGAGCAGCAUGAACAGAUCGCUACACCGACCAGCUAUAAGGUUUCUGAGACGAUCAGAAAGCGUCAGUACCGGAUUGGGUUGAAUUUGUUCAACAAGAAACCAGAAAAGGGAGUGACGUACUUGAUCCGAAGGGGUUUCCUGGAGAAUACACCGCAAGGAGUGGCGAGAUUUCUGAUCUCGCGCAAGGGACUGUCGAGGCAGAUGAUUGGAGAAUAUCUGGGAAAUCUGCAGAAUCCCUUCAAUAUGGCAGUCCUGGAGUGCUUUGCAGGUGAGCUGGAUCUCUGUGGCAUGCAGGUUGAUGUGGCACUGAGAAAGUUCCAGGCGUACUUCCGGAUGCCAGGAGAGGCGCAAAAGAUUGAACGGCUAAUGGAGGUGUUCUCCCAGAGAUACUGCCAGUGCAACUCGGACAUUGUGGCCAGAUUGCGAUCUUCUGAUACGGUAUUUGUUCUGGCCUUCGCGAUAAUUAUGCUGAAUACGGAUUUGCAUACGCCAAAUCUCAAGCCAGAGAGACGAAUGCGCGUGGAGGAUUUCAUAAAGAAUCUCCGCGGCAUUGACGAUUGCCACGACAUCGACACUGACAUGCUCUGUGGUAUCUAUGAACGCAUCAAAGCCAAUGAAUUCAAGCCGGGAUCCGACCAUGUGACGCAAGUCAUGAAGGUGCAGGCAACAAUUGUGGGAAAAAAACCCAAUUUGGCGCUGCCACAUCGACGUCUUGUGUGCUACUGCAGGCUCUACGAGAUUCCUGACAUUAAUAAGAAGGAACGCGCUGGAGUUCAUCAGCGUGAGGUGUUUCUCUUCAAUGAUCUCCUCGUGAUUACAAAGAUUCUCAGCAAGAAGAAAUCUUCCGUCACGUAUACCUUCCGGAAUUCCUAUCCACUCUGUGGCAUGGUCGUUACUCUUCUGGAUGUGCCAAACUAUCCAUAUUGCAUUCGACUAUCACAGAAGGUGGAUGGGAAGGUGCUGAUAACGUUUAAUGCGCGCAACGAACAUGAUCGCUGCAAAUUUGCUGAAGAUCUGCGUGAGUCGAUCUGCGAAAUGGACGAGAUGGAGGCUCUACGCAUCGAGGCGGAGCUGGAGCGUCAAAAAUCGGGCCGCGGCGGAAAUCGCAGCGGAAAUGCCGAGAAUCGCGACAGUGGCGUUGCCGAUGUGGAAGUCUGCCCGUGUCCGUACCAGACUUCGCCGAGCGAAACCACGCAACACGAUGCUCAGCUGAAGAGGAGCGCCCUAAGCAAUUCCCUCCUGGAUAUGCACGAGCAAUUUGGGAAUGAGAAGCCUCAGCGCCGUGGAAGUGUUGGUUCCUUGGACAGUGGCAUGUCCAUUAGCUUCCAGUCCACUUCGGCCAGCAGCGGCUCCCGCAGUGAUUCCAAAGUGCGCCUGAUGCAUCCGGGAACGGCGUCGGGAACGCCACAAGCCAACACAACACCCCUCCAUCAUCCCCAACCGGGCUUUCUGGGGGGUAUCUUUCACAAGCGUGAGCGCAAGCCAUCUCGCUCCGAAGAUGCUGGAAGUGCUUUUGGGCGUUCCACCGAAGUCUAAUCAUCUUGUACAUUGACAAACUAAUUUAAUUCUGCUGUUGAGUUCUCUUUUUUUGAAGAAGAAAAAAAUGGGUUCGCUUUCACACCUUCAACCUUUUAACGCUCUAACUAAAGGGUUUUCUUUUCUUCCGACUGAAGAAAAAAAGCCAAAGAAAAUCCUCGACUCAGAAUUAGGAUGAAGAAGAACGAUGAAUUUGGGAAUUGGUUGGGGAAUAAGCAAUGGCGAUUUAAGUUAUAUAAUUGUAUAAAAAAAAAUGUGUGUAAAUAUUUCAUUGGAGUGUAUCGCGAAGAAUAAUCUUCGUGUAAUCUUUCCCUCAUCCCCCCUUCGAUUUAUUUUUCUAAAAAACAAAAUCAUCAAAAAAAUAUUUCUCUAAAGAAAAAAAUGGUAUUUUGAUUCAUCAUAGAUUUAAGGGCAAUUAAAAUGAAAAAAAAAUACGAGAAAAAGAUGAAACAUUUUGUCUAGUCUUGAAAUUUAAAAAAAAUUAUAAAUUACAAAAAAUCUACACAAUUUAAUCAAAUAAAAAAAGGUAUUCUUCGAGCAGAUUAAAAAGUAUUAUAAAAAAUAUAAUGCAUUAAAAAAAAUAAUUGUAAAAUUUGCGAGUUGCUCGAAAAUUCCGUUUCUCUUUUUCCUCUCCCAAAAAAAAAAUCAAACACAUUUAGUGGAUUUUACCCUU